UUUGAUGCACUUCUACAAGAGAUCCUAACUAGGCAGACAGAAGGGGAUAUUCUUGAUUUAUUGAUUACACUAUGCGAGGUUCAUCAUUCCUUAAUCUUGGAAUUAUUUACAUACAUCUUAACCUUCUAAUUAUCUCAGUUUACGGGAAGGAUACAAACCAUCGGGUUUUCUUCCUAUCUCGGGAUCUACAGAGCCCUUAUGGUCGGGAUUCAAGAGGUUUAAUACCCUUCCCUCGAAGUGGAAGAUCUGGCAACUCAUGGGAUCUUCAGGAUCAAGAAGUGAUUGAUCAGAAUCCCGCACCCGGAGAUGUUAAGAGCAAGAAAGCCGGUGAACCUUCGUCAUCGUACAACAGAAGGUUGAUCCGGAGCCAGGACGCAUUUGCUAGAAGAUUACUUCGCUCCAAUCCUCCUUCAAGAUGGCUCCGCUCCAGUCCUUCGGAGUCAUUUUCAAGACGACUUAUUAGAUCCAGUCCUUCAGGAGCGUUUAAUAGACGACUGCUCCGGUCUACAGAUGCUUAUGCCAGACGUCUUCUCAGAUCUGAUGCGUCAACUUCAUUCAACCGUAGACUUCUUCGAUCAGAUCCUUAUGAUGCAUUCAAACGACGUAUUUUCAAGAAAUCAGCCGAUGCUCCGAUGGAAAAGAGACAAUCCCUGAUUCCAUUCCCUAGGACGGGUAAGCGCGCGAGUGCUCCAGUAGCCGGGAGUAGCGGAGAUGAAUCUGAACCUGAAAUACUGUUCCCAGUUUACCAGCAGAUGAGCAGGUUUAAUCUUCAUGAUACUCAAGAAGAUCCUGAAUAUGUUCUGGAAGACGAUGAGGACGAGGAACCUGAUCACGAAGACGACAUUGAAGAGGAAAUUAAUGAAGCCAUGUAAAGUUGAUUAGACAAGAAACGAUUAAGGAUACUCAAUGAGAUGAAGGAAAAGAGGCUGAUUUUUCCUAUUUGCUGCACAGUACACACUCAACACAUAUUUUAAUAAUGAGAGAACAAUUAAUUGACAAUGUAAAGUUUAUUUGUAGCUUUAAUUUUUUAUUGUAAUUUAUAAAUUGUACUUAAACUAUGCAGACCUAAUCUUUGGAGGAUAUUAAACUUAUAAAGAUUAAUAAAUAAUUAAUUGAA